GCUGUUUUCUAGCAGCCUGAAGCUAAUUCAUGCUAAUUCAUGUCACAAAGUAGCAUCAAAGUUAUCCAACGUUUGUUUACUAUGUAAGGUGUUCCCAGUGGGUAUUACCUUCCUAAUACAUAUCGAAAUAUUUUAGGUGAAUUGCCCUCUCCCGGGGCUAAAAAUACACACUCACCAAAUUAGACUGUGGUUGAGCGGUGCAGCUAACGUUAGCUAAUGCUAGCAGCUGUCAGGCUCUGUAACAGGAGCUUCUAGUCUGGGAACACUUACUGCAGAGAAAUGGCUGAGGCAGUUGCAAAUGUGGCCCGGAGGAUUAAUGCAACUGUAGAGGAGGGGAAAGAUUGUUUGGAUCUGUCAAACUGCAAGCUGAUUUCUUUCCCAGACGGUGUGUUCAAGGUCCUGAGGAGUGUUUCAGAAAACAUCCGUGUUAUCACAUUGGCUGACAAUGAGAUGAAGGCACUUUCCAGCAAGUUCUUCUCAACCUUCACACAGCUGAGAGAACUGGACCUGCAAGGAAAUGUUCUCACCAAACUGCCUGACGCCGUGGGAGAAAUGCUGCAUUUGACCAGCAUCAAUCUGGCUAAUAACAGCUUCUCCACCUUCCCAGACAAGCUUACUGAGAUAGCCACACUGGAGAGGAUUAACCUGGAGGGAAAUAGCCUCACUGAAAUUCCCGCGGAGAAGCUGUCUGCCAUGCCAGCGCUUAAGUGGCUAAACGUAAAGUCAAACCCCUUGGACUCAAACACUCAGUCUGCUCUGCAGUCUCCCCUCAAAUUUGACAUUUUGUCCACAACACAGUCCUAGAUGGUGUCAUAAAUGAUAUUUCACCACAUAUAGACUGCAUGCUGUGUGCCUUUAACUACUUAAGUUGGAUGCUUUCGUGUGCCUGAGAGAUGAGAAAACAUGAUACUUGAAGAUAUCACAAUGCUGUACAAGAAACAAGAGCACAGAGGUGUGUAAAGACCAUUGUUUUUACACCCUGCUGGUGACCACACCCUUUGGCCUCUACUUUGUCCUUUGUAUGAACUGUGAAGGGCUGAUGAAGUUGAUAUUUGGAAAUGAAAUCAGUCCAUCUUCAUGCACCAUUUGACUUUUUUUGUCUCAGCUGAGAUACUUGCAAUUACUUAUUUAUUACUUUUGAUAGUAUAAAAAAGUUUUUUUCAAUUAAAGCUUAUACAAAGGGAA